GGAUGACGCUUUCAAGUUUAUUGGUGUGUGUACAGUGAUGAUACACACUGUUUGUGAAAAAAGAGAGAGAGAGGGCUUAUCGCUAUCAGUUUCUAUACGCGGGGGUGAAAGACGAGGGGAAAUGGUAGACUGCCUUAUAUGGUAAAGAAAGACUGGAUUGGGCGAGGGUGGCUUGCCCUUAUUGGCCGAUAUUUUGUCGUCAUGGUGGGAAUUAUGGUAGAGGGGUGAGAACGUAUAUAGACUCCCAAGCCGGUUGCCAGAACCACAUUCCAUUCUUGGACUUUAACAAGACUUGAAACAUUGUGUGUACUUAUUGUUGCACAGUGACAUAACUAUAUUGCCCAUAUCGGCUUUUUACUCAAUUUUUUUAAAUUUAAAAAAUAUUAAUUAAAUAAAACAAAUACAAAAUGUGUGACGAAGAAGUAGCUGCACUCGUCGUUGACAAUGGAUCCGGUAUGUGUAAAGCCGGUUUUGCUGGUGAUGAUGCACCACGUGCUGUAUUUCCAUCAAUUGUUGGAAGACCACGUCAUCAAGGUGUCAUGGUUGGUAUGGGCCAAAAAGAUUCAUAUGUUGGUGAUGAAGCCCAAAGUAAAAGAGGUAUUUUAACAUUGAAAUAUCCAAUUGAACAUGGUAUUGUUACAAAUUGGGAUGACAUGGAAAAAAUUUGGCAUCAUACAUUUUACAAUGAACUUCGUGUUGCACCAGAAGAACAUCCAGUUCUUUUAACUGAAGCACCAUUAAAUCCAAAAGCAAAUCGUGAAAAAAUGACUCAAAUUAUGUUUGAAACAUUUAAUACACCAGCUAUGUAUGUUGCUAUUCAAGCUGUACUUUCAUUGUAUGCAUCUGGUCGUACAACUGGUAUUGUAUUAGAUUCUGGUGAUGGUGUAUCACAUACUGUACCAAUUUAUGAAGGUUAUGCAUUACCACAUGCUAUUCUUCGUCUUGAUUUGGCUGGACGUGAUUUAACUGAUUACCUCAUGAAAAUUUUAACUGAACGUGGUUAUUCAUUUACAACAACAGCUGAACGUGAAAUUGUACGUGAUAUUAAAGAAAAACUUUGUUAUGUUGCACUUGAUUUUGAACAAGAAAUGGCAACAGCAGCAUCAUCAUCAAGUCUUGAAAAAAGUUAUGAACUUCCUGAUGGACAAGUUAUUACAAUUGGUAAUGAAAGAUUCCGUUGUCCAGAAGCAUUAUUCCAACCAUCAUUCCUUGGUAUGGAAGCAUGUGGUAUUCAUGAAACAACAUACAAUUCAAUUAUGAAAUGUGAUGUUGAUAUUCGUAAAGAUUUGUAUGCCAAUACUGUAUUAUCUGGUGGUACCACAAUGUAUCCAGGUAUUGCUGAUAGAAUGCAAAAAGAAAUAACAGCACUUGCACCAUCAACAAUGAAGAUUAAAAUUAUUGCACCACCAGAAAGAAAAUACUCCGUAUGGAUUGGUGGUUCAAUUCUUGCAUCAUUAUCAACCUUCCAACAAAUGUGGAUUUCCAAGCAAGAAUAUGAUGAAUCUGGUCCAUCAAUUGUACACAGGAAGUGUUUCUAAAUUAAUCAUCAACAUCAACAACAACAACAACUUCCAAAUAACAACAUCUUUUUUUGAUAAAUACCACCACCAUUCCCAUACUAUUUUAAAUUUUUUUUUCCUCCUCCUCUCUUUUCCCAACCUUUUCCUGUCAUUAUUUAUCCAUUCCUAUCAUCAACAUUCAGGCAAAAAAAAACAAAAACAAAAUACUACCAUCAUUUUUAUUUUUUUUUUUUUUGUUUGUGUUUUCAUGUUGUUGUCACACACACACACACACUCUCUAUAAAUGUUUUUAUCAUUGAUAAAAUCAUUAUUCUCUCCUCCUCCUCCCUUUUAUCCUUUAAAUAUAUAUAUUUUUUUUUUUUUUUUUAUAUUUAUCUUCGGAAACGUUCCAUUAAGCUUGUAAUGGCUAAAAUAAACUGAGGAGUUGAAGAUACUUCAUCCACGGGGUUUACAUUCCUUAAUACAUUCAAGUUUAUAUUUAAAUUGAAAAAAAAAAAAAAACAAAACAAUAAUAGUAAUGAAACAAAAAAAGAAAAAAAAAAAAAAAACAUUAAUAAAUAAAUAAUAAACAAUGACACACUCGUUUAAAAGAGUGUCAUUAUUUGAGGGUGUUGUAAAACAACAAAGCCUCAUAUGACUUAUUGUUUGCUAAUAUUCAAUACCAUUAUGAAAAAAUUUUUUCUUUUUUUUUUUUAUAAUAAAAUAAAUAAUGAUAAUAUACACUAGAAAUUACCAACAUGUCAUUUUUUAUCUAGACAUUGUAU